AUGCACAAAAUAAAAAAAGGAAUAAAAAAGAAGAUCAAAGGAAAGAAGGAAAAAAAUGAUGAGUUGUUUACCCCAGAAGAACUAGAAAAGUAUAAAAGAGAAAAAGAGGAGGAAGCCCGUCGCCUUGCCGAGCAGCAGGAGAAGAGCGAAGACACAGAACAACUCCAGCAGGAAUCAGCACCCUCAGUCGAAGUCGCUGCAGCAGCAAUAAUAACAGGGUCAGACACCAAGGAAUCUACUUCAAGUGGUGGAGACGACUGGAGGAAUUUCUUCGCCGCUACCGACACCGUUCUCAAGCAAACCUCUGAUAAUCUCGUACACAUCAAGGAGGCAAGCUUUUUCCAUAAGAAGGAGGACAAACCAGUAGAACCCAGUGCCGAAGCCACUGUCAGUGCUGCCGCAGUAGUUUCCAGCACUGCCAAGAACUGGGUUGACCUCGAGAAGGGUGGGAUCGAUGACGAGACUACAGUAGAAGAAGAAGAACAGCAAGAGGAGCCACAGCCAGAGCCAGAACCAGUUGAACUCCAGUUCAUCGAAGACCUUCCAGAAGUUGACGUUGAUGAAUUCACUGAUGUCUUCGACACAACCUAUGUUGACAAUGUAGAAAGUGGUCAAGUGAAGCUUCAUUACAUCCCCGACAGUCCAACAUCAACAGAUCCAAACGAACCUGAUCCUUUUGAUACAUCUGUUGUUGACAAAGUUUUACAUAUCGAGAAACCAAAACCAAAAGUAAGUGAAAGUAAACCAGAGAAGAAGAAAAAGCUUGUGAGCUUAGGGUGUGCUGUUGAGGUUUUAACUGGUACUGCUCAAGGUGUCGAGAAGCCUACACCUCCAGGAAGCUCAAAGCGACGCCGAGUAGUACCAAGAGAAAUUAACCUGCUUGCUGAUGCUAAUGGCGGUGAAGAAAGUCUAGACACUAGUGAAACCGUUGAAAAAGAACAAGAAAAUAAGGUAGAAGAUGUUAAUAUUCUCGAUGAGAUUCUCUGUGUAGGUGAUCUAGACGCUGAGCUUCCUGAACCUGGUGUUGUCUUACAUCUCACUUCUCGCUCCGCUUCGCCUCUUGUUCCUUCAGCAGAAGAUGAAACUAAGAGCGAUGCUGGAGUGAUCGUCAACAUUGGUUGUGAAGGUAAUAACAAAGAAGUUGAUCUAAGUGAAUUUCUGGAAUCUUCCGGAGAAGAUCAAGACUCUAAAGAAACCAAACCAGACAACGGCAAGGAUCUUGACCUUAAGGAUCUUGUUGCUGAAUUUGAUAUUAUAGACAAAUCUGAAGUUACUAACGAAGCUUUAGGGGUUGCUGAGCCAGACUCUAACGAAGACGAGUUUGAUGCUGAAUUCGCUUUCUUAGCUGCUGAGUCAGUAGCGAAAGCCAAGGAAAAAGAAUUAGAAGAACUUGAGGAAGAUCCAUUUGACACCUCAGCUGCUGCUCAAGUGCUAGGUCCAGACGAUAACGUUGUUGCUGAAAAGGAUCCAUUCGAUGUUGGGUUUGCUGAGGAGGUAUUAGGGGAGGAGAAACAGAAAGUCAAGCCCUCUAAGCCACCACCUCCACGACCAAAACCACCUAAAAUCCAGGAGGAAACUCCCGUCGAAGUCGAUCCUUUUGAUACUUCAAUAGCAGAUAAACACUUACCUGUUGACCCAUUCGCCUUUACAGAAACUGAUACAAAUCUUCCUGAAACUUUACAGCCGCAGCCAGAAAGUCAGCUCGUUAAAUCUGAGAACUUUGACCCCUUUGAUACUUCGAUUGCUGACAGCUUUGGUAAAACUGAGCUCAAGGUUCUUGAGACUGAAUUAAUUAGUGGCAACGAGGCAGAACCUGCCGAAAGCUUAAAGAAGAGUGUUUCUGAUUUUGAUUUUAACCCAAGAGAAGAGGAACCUGAAACAACUAUUCAGGCCAAACCGGCACCCCCAGCUAGACCUCAACCCCCUUGUCUUCUCACUGGCACAGACGACAAGGACACCUCUGCCCCCGUUCUUGCUCCUUCCCAGAGCACUGACAUUGAUGAUUUUGACCCAUUUGACACAUCUAUAGCUGCAAAAGUUGAAAUACAAUCUCUAGAAGCGGAACUUCUUAAUCAGCCAGAACAGGAACAACAAACAGAAAAACAAAUUUGUGCUGAACCGACGAAGACUCGUCCACCCCGACCUGCUCCAGCUCAAGCUCAUCUUCUUGCAACAACACCGACAGACACCAAUCCGACUCUUCAACCUUCAACUGUAAACAACGAAGUUAAAGAAGACGACACCUUUGAUCCUUUCGACACAUCUAUCGCUAACAACUUCGGAAAAACAGAGCUUAAAUCUCUCGAGAAUGAGCUGUUGUCAGCUACAGAAACUGCAAAGGACAUAAAUAUAGUUGCCAGUGAAAAACCUAAAAGGGAACUACUAAAUUUGCCAAUUAAGCCCCUUCAGCCUCCCUCUCCUAAGUGUCUUCUAGCAACUACACCCAUAGACGAACAGCCAACUCUUCAGCCAGUAAUUGAACCAACAGCUGAGCCAACUGAAAGCCAGUCAGACGAUUUCGACCCCUUCGACACAUCUAUUGCGGACAAAUUUGGUAAAACUGAGCUGAAAGUUCUCGAGAGCGAACUUCUUGUGUCUGAGUCUCUCCAAAAGGUUGAGGUCGACGAUAGCUUUGAUCCUCGAGCUAAAACAGAGGCUCCACUUAGGCCCCCAAGACCCUCUCGGCCGUCAUCGCCAUCUCAGCCUCACUGCUUGCUAACUGCAUCUCCAGUAAGCACGCCAAAAGACGUUGAGCUCCUUGCUCCUACAGAACUCAUACCAGUAAAUACAAACGAGGACGUUGAUCCAUUUGAUACUUCUAUUGCUGAUAACUUUGGAAAGACAGAACUUAGGCAUCUCGAGAAGGAAUUACUGACUUCAGGAGUACCCACAGUGCAUGACGAUUUUGAUGACUUUGAUCCAAGAAAAGAAGAAGCUCAGAAACGUUCAACGCUAACUCACGCUUUGGCACCUAAAAGACCACCAGCUCCAGCUUCUUGUCUCCUAGUUGCUACCCCAACCGACAGCAAAGUUCCACUUCAACCCUGCCUUAACCCAGUGCAAGAACCUUUAGAGGGAAUUACCGCUGAAGGAUUUGAUCCCUUUGACACUUCCAUUGCUGACAGACUUGGUAAAACCGAAAUCAAAGUUCUCGAAGAAACCCUUUUUGCAAAAGAAAGCGAAACAUCAAUCAAUUCUCUCUCAGUUACGAGUGAACCAGGAAAUUUCAAAGCUGAUCACUUACUCAGCUCAUCACCCAUAGGUGAUCUUGGACCAACUCUACAGCCUGUUGCAGAAUCAAAAAGAGAGGAACCUGAAGAUUUUGAUCCAUUUGAUACUUCGAUUGCAAAUCAAUUUGGCAAGACUGAACUAAAAACUUUAGAGAGUGAACUUCUCUCAGAUUCAGGAACCAAGAGAAGUUUAAGCGACAACGAAUUUGAUCCUCGGGAAGAAGAUAAGGUUCCAAAGCGACCUCCACUACCUGUUAAAAAGCCAGGCUCACCCUCGAGUCUCUUGGACUCUUGUGACUACCAUAAUAUAUUUGAUCGACCCAUUCAGGCACUUCAAGCUCCGUCUUCAGCUGCUGCCCUUGACAACUGCGACCCAUUUGACACAUCAAUAGCUGAUAAUAUUGCUCCAAGCAAAGCCGAAUUAAAAUAUCUCGAAACAGAACUCUUAAGCGCUGCUCAGGACCCGUUUGAUACUUCUAACUUUCCCUGA